AAAACACAGCGCACAGACGAAAGAGGACCCCCACUUUGCGCCCAACCGCCCCUUCACAGGUGGGGCCGCAAUUUCUCGCGAGACUUCUCGGUUUCACGAGAUCGCGAAGCUGAAACUUCGCGGCUUUUCCGAUCAGAAGGGUCUAGGAGGAGCGCUCCUCAUCCCCUCCCUCCCCACAGACUCAGAUGCACCCCGACCCCCACCUCCGCACUCUCGACCCACCCCGCCCUUCUUUGACAACAGUAUCCCCAGGAUGCUUAGAGACUUCCGGAAACUACCCGGAACCGGAAGCUCUUCCAGCCUAGAGAGGGUGGAGUCGAAAAAUCAAAAAAAGCGCGGCGGAUGCUUUCGCGGCUGGAGCGCCAAACUAGUGGUCGUGGUGGUCCCCCGGUGGGACUGCAUGCAUCCCGAUGGAUUCUACCUCUUGCUUGAAGUCCCUGCUCCUGACCGUCAGUCAGUAUAAAGCCGUUAAGUCGGAGGCGAACGCAGCCCAGCUUUUGCGGCACUUGGAGGUACUUUCUGGUCAGAAACUCACACGAUUGUUUACAAUAAAUCAGAUAUUACCAAGUGAAUGCUUGAGUUGCCUUGUAGAAUUACUAGAAGACCCAAACAUAAGUGCACCACUGAUUUUAAGUAUUCUCAGUUUGCUUUCUCAACUAGCUGUUGACAAUGAAACCAGAGACUGUCUUCAAAAUACAUACAAUUUGAAUGGCAUUCUGGCAGGAGUGGUCUGUCGGAGCACUUGCCACAAUGACUCGGUGUUUUUGCAGUGCAUUCAGCUUCUGCAGAGGUUAACAUAUAACGCGAAAAUUUUCCAUUCUGGUGCUAACAUAGAUGAAUUGAUAACAUUCCUGCUAAAUCAUAUUCAGUCUUCUGAAGAUGAGUUAACAAUGCCUUGUCUAGGACUAUUGGCAAAUCUUUGUCGACACAAUCUUUCCGUGCAAACAUACAUAAAGACUUUGAAUAAUGUGAAAUCUUUUUACCGAACACUUAUAAGCUUCUUGGCCCAUACUAGCUUAACUGUGGUUGUGUUUGCACUUUCAAUAUUAUCAAGUUUGACAUUAAAUGAAGAGGUUGGAGAAAAGCUGUUUCAUGCUCGAAACAUUCAUCAAACUUUUCAGCUAAUAUUUAACAUUCUCGUAAAUGGUGAUGGCACACUAACUAGGAAGUAUGCAGUUGAUCUGCUGAUGGAUCUUCUCCAGAAUCCUAAAGUUGCUGAUUAUCUUACCAGGUAUGAACACUUUUCUUCAUGUCUUAAUCAAGUAUUAGGUCUUCUUAAUGGAAAGGAUCCGGAUUCUUCUUCAAAGGUCUUAGAAUUACUUCUUGCCUUCUGUUCAGUGACACAACUGCGCCACGUGCUCACUCAGAUGAUAUUUGAACAGUCUCCAUCUGGCAACACCAUUCUGGGAACCCAUUCUAAAUGUUUUGAACCUACUGUGGCUCUACUUCGUUGGUCAAGCCAACCUUUGGAUGGACCAGAAAAUUGUUCUAUUUUAGCACUGAAAUUAUUCAAGGAAAUAUUUGAGGAUGUCAUAGAUACAGCCAACUGUUCUUUAGCUGACCGAUUUGUGACCCUUCUACUGCCUACAAUACUUGAUCAACUUCAGUUCACAGAACAAAAUCUAGAUGAGGCCUUACUAAGAAAAAAAUGUGAAAGAAUGAUCAAGUCAAUUGAAGUUUUGCUAACCCUGUGUGGAGAUGAUACUCUAAAAAUGCAUAUUGCAAAAAUUUUGACUACUAGCAAAUGUACCACUCUGAUAGAACAACAAUUUACCUAUGGCAAAAUUGAUCUGGGAUUUGGAACAAAGGUAGCAGAUUCUGAAUUGUGCACACUGGCUGCUGAUGUAAUUUUGAAAACUCUUAAUUUGAUGAACAAACUUAAACAGCUGGUUCCUGGUAUGGAAGUCAGUUUUUACAAAACCCUUCAGGAUCCACGCUUGAUUACUCCCUUGGCUUUUGCUUUAACAUCAGAUAAUAGAGAACAUGUACAAUCUGGAUUGGGAAUACUCUUGGAAGCUGCUCCUCUGCCUGAUUUUCCUGCUUUAGUACUUGGAGAAAGUAUAGCAGCAAAUAAUGCCUAUAGACAACAGGAAACAGAACAUAUGCCCAGAAGAAUUUCUGUACAGCAGUUAAAUCACAGUUUUCCAACAUCAACAAAGUGUAUAACUCCCCCACUUUUGAAAGACAGAGUUACUGGAUUGAACAUUGAGGAGUUAAUAGAGAAACUUCAAUCUGGAGUGGUGGUAAAAGAUCAGAUUAAUGAUGUGAGAAUAUCUGACAUAAUGGACAUGUAUGAAAUGAAACUGUCCACAUUAGCUUCCAAAGAAAGCAGGCUGCAAGAUCUCUUGGAAGCCAAAGCUCUAGCACUUGCCCAGGCUGAUAGACUGAUUGCUCAGUAUCGCUGUCAAAGAACUCAAGCUGAGACCGAGGCACGGACACUUGCUAAUAUGUUAAGAGAAGUUGAGAGGAAAAACGAAGAGCUUGGUGCGUUACUAAAGUCUCAACAGAUAGAAUCAGAAAGAGCUCAGAGUGAUAUUGAACAUCUCUUUCAACAUAAUAGGAAGUUGGAGUCUGUGGCAGAAGAACAUGAAAUAUUGACAAAAUCCUACAUGGAACUUCUUCAAAGGAAUGAAACUACUGAAAAGAAGAAUAAAGAUUUCCAGAUAACAUGUGACUCUCUGCAUAAACAAAUUGAGACAGUAAAAAAGUUGAACGAAUCACUCAAGCAACAGAAUGAAAAAACUAUUGCCCAAUUAAUAGAAAAAGAAGAACAGAGAAAAGAAGUACAGAAUCAACUAUUAGAUAGAGAAUGCAAAGUAGCAAACUUGCAACAAAAAGGAAAACUACAAGAAGAAAAGAUUAAAGUUCUACAGAAGGAAAGUGAAGAUAAGGAAGGAACAAUUGAUACACUUAGGAAAGAAUUAAACAGAACUGAACAUAUAAGAAAAGAGCUGAGCAUUAAGGCUUCCUCCCUUGAAGUUCAAAAGGCCCAAUUAGAAGGUCGUUUGGAAGAGAAAGAGUCCCUGGUAAAACUUCAGCAGGAAGAGCUGAACAAACAUUCGCAUAUGAUAGCAAUGAUCCACAGUUUAAGUGGUGGGAAAAUAAGUCCAGAAACUGUGAAUCUGAGCAUAUAAAUAUAAUGGCAUUUUGGAAUUUGUGAUCUAAUGGUAAUUUUGAUGUGUUUACCUAGGGGGUGGUGAUGUAGAAAGGUUAUUUGUGACUUCAAAGUAAUAGCAAAUUAUCUGAUUACCAAUUUAGUAAAGAACCUGAUCU